AUGAAUAGCUUCUUCGGAAUCCCAGCGUAGGCUAGCUGGUGCCUCCUGAAGAGUGACGUCUCAUCUGAAGGGGACAAAGAGGCGGGGAGGGAGCGCAGAGCACUCAGCGCCCGGCAGCGCGGCGGGGCAGCCUGGAGCGGAAGCCUGGAGUGGAGCAGGGAGCCUGUGGGGGACAGACGUCGGCUGGGAUUGAGCCGCCAGACUGCGAAAAGUAGCUGGAGCCGGAGCAGGGACAGAGCCUGUUGCUGCAGACCGGCUUGGUGGAUUCUGGUUCCCGCCGCCGACAGGGCUCGCCCGGAGAGGUUCAUCAUGAAUGAGAAAUGGGACACAAACUCUUCAGAAAACUGGCAUCCCAUCUGGAGUGUCAAUGACACAAAGCAUCAUCUGUACUCAGAUAUUAAUAUUACCUACGUGAACUACUAUCUUCACCAGCCUCAAGUGGCAGCAAUCUUCAUUAUUUCCUACUUUCUGAUAUUCUUUUUGUGCAUGGUGGGAAAUACUGUGGUUUGCUUUAUUGUAAUGAGGAACAAACAUAUGCACACAGUCACUAAUCUCUUCAUCUUAAACCUGGCCAUAAGUGAUUUACUAGUUGGCAUAUUCUGCAUGCCUAUAACACUGCUGGACAAUAUUAUAGCAGGAUGGCCAUUUGGAAACACGAUGUGCAAGAUCAGUGGAUUGGUUCAGGGAAUAUCUGUCGCAGCUUCAGUCUUUACGUUAGUUGCAAUUGCUGUAGAUAGGUUCCGGUGUGUGGUCUACCCUUUUAAGCCAAAGCUCACUAUCAAGACAGCAUUUGUCAUUAUUAUGAUCAUCUGGGUCCUAGCUGUCACCAUUAUGUCUCCAUCUGCAGUAAUGUUACAUGUGCAAGAAGAAAAAUAUUACCGAGUGAGACUCAACUCGCAGAAUAAAACCAGUCCAGUCUACUGGUGCCGGGAAGACUGGCCAAAUCAGGAAAUGAGGAAGAUCUACACUACUGUGCUGUUUGCCAACAUCUACCUGGCUCCCCUCUCCAUCAUUGUCAUCAUGUAUGGGAGGAUUGGAAUUUCACUCUUCAGGGCUGCAGUUCCUCACACAGGCAGGCAAAACCAGGAGCAGUGGCACGUGGUGUCCAAGAAGAAGCAGAAGGUCAUUAAGAUGCUCCUGAUUGUGGCCCUGCUUUUUAUUCUCUCAUGGCUGCCCCUGUGGACUCUAAUGAUGCUCUCAGACUAUGCUGACCUUUCUCCAAAUGAACUGCAGAUUAUCAAUAUCUACAUCUACCCUUUCGCACACUGGCUGGCAUUCGGCAACAGCAGUGUCAAUCCCAUCAUUUAUGGUUUCCUCAAUGAGAAUUUCCGCCGUGGUUUCCAAGAAGCUUUCCAGCUCCAGCUCUGCCAAAAAGGAGCAAAGCCUAUGGAAGCUUAUGCCCUAAAAGCUAAAAGCCACGUGCUCAUAAACACAUCUAAUCAGCUUGUCCAGGAAUCUACAUUUCAAAACCCUCAUGGGGAAAACUAGCUUUAUAGGAAAAGUGCUGAAAAACCCCAACAGGAAUUAGUGAUGGAAGAAUUAAAAGAAGCUACUGACAGCAGUGAGAUUUAA